AUGCUGGGCCCUUCUUCGCGCCCGCCAUUACCGACGUCCUCGUCGGAUUUCGCCCUACCUCCAUCGACAUCGCCCUCGUCCUCGAACACGACGUAUGCCGCAGAUGACCUGAGUCCUUUCAUGCUACGUGUCCGUCGGCCAAGCCUCCUAGUGCCUCGUGCCCCAUCUCUCCCAGACCGGCCACAACGAAGCCCCCUUGCAGCGUCCAUGGUCCGCUCCGGCACCAAUACGAGUGAGGAGUCGGAAAGCGACCGCGAGAAUGUGAAGAUGCAGACGGACACGCCCUCCUCAGGCGAGUCAGGCUCGUCUACGCCAUUGCUUCCUGGACCCGUCAUUACAAGUGCGCCCCGGGAUCGCGACGCCGACAUGAAGGCGACCAGACCACGCAGCCCAUCCACCCCGCCACCAAGCAGGAAGCUGUCGGACGCUGUUGCCGACAGCCAGUCUGGACCCUCCUCCUUUGCUCGUACCCACACUCGGCGGCUGUCUCAGAAACUGAAGCCACCGCGCAUACGCUCACUCCUCUCCGAGUCGCGCCCAGAAGAAGACGAUGUGCGAUCGGAAGCGCAGUUCCAACGACUUGUCGCAUCAUUCUGUGAGCUACCCUCGCCCCACCGCGUGCAGCGUCCGCCGUCAGAUCGAGGCAGGUACCCCGAAGAAGCGGACGUCGAGGAGCCUCAGAGAGAGGAUACUCCGAGUGACGAUGAUGGGGAGCUGGACGACUCGGUGCCGUUCUCGUUCGUGGAGCCCAUCGCUAUCUCGAAGUCAGUCACGCCCGCCGCGAGCGUGAAUGGGGAGGACAUGUUAGAGAGUCCGGGAGGGGCAGCGAUGGAUGUCGAUGUCCCGUCGUCUCUAGUCGGCUCCCCUGCUGCGUCUUCAUGGCGGUAUACGCCACCUCCAACAUCAAGCGCCGUCAGGACGAAUAAGCGGAAGAUGGAUGAUCGAUACGAUCCGUACCCAACUGCUAACAAACGACGCGCGGUCUCUCCAUCUAUUAGCUUCUUGCGGGAUAACCAGCCAUCGCUGUUCAACCCGCGGACUCCUGGCACGCCGCGUCUCUCCAUGCCUAUUCCCAUCCCUGUUCAAGGCCCUAGCUCUGCCACUUCCUCACCCAUUGUUGGCUCGUCCUCGUCAUUCUUCAACCGUGGCCCCGCCAGUGCACUGUCCAGUCCGACCCUACGUGCGCAGAUCGGCCUCGGGAGCCCUGUUCUGAGGCCUAUCAUCCCACGGCCGAGACGGUACGGCGACGAAGAGCGAGAGGUUGAAGGUGCUGGCGACGGCGUGAAUGGGUUAAGCCUCGCAUAG